UAGAGGGCGCUACCUGAUGGUGAAAUGAAAAAUGAAACCUCUGAGGAUAAACGCCAACUAUGUCUCUCCCGUCCACGUCUCGACAAAGCUCAUUCUGAAGUCCAGUGUCUCACACAGGGAUUUUGCAUCAUGAAUACGACUUUAAAUACACAACAUGAGGAAGCAUGAGGAAGUCACUGUUUUCCUGGUCAUUUUGAUUAUUUUUGUGAUUGAGGUGAUCACAGGCCCCAUCUGUCACCGAGCUGAGUAUCUGAUUGGAGAGGAGUGUUGUCCCAUGUGUCCAGUGGGGACUCGAGUGAAUAAACACUGUACAGAGUUCCGCAGCACGUCGUGUCUCCCCUGUGACAGUGGGACGUACAUGGACGAGCCCACAGGGAGGACAGAGUGUCUGCGCUGUAGGAUGUGUGCUGCAGGUUCUGGUCUGAGAGUGAAGGUUUCGUGUUCCUCCACUUCUAACUCUGUGUGUGAACCUGAGGACGGGUUCUUCUGUGUGGGGUCGUCAGACGAGGGAAACUGUGAAGCGUCUCAGAAACACUCGCUCUGUUCACCUGGAGAAUUUAUCCAAAAACCAGGGAGUUCUUCUACAGACACAGUUUGUUCUCCGUGUCCUCCAGACUCCUUCUCUAAUGGGACUCUGUCGUCCUGUCGGCCGCACACACGGUGUGAAGAGAAGAACAAAAUCACAGUGAAAGAAGGAACCUCACAGUCGGACGCUGAAUGUGGAGAAAAAGACUCGACUGUAGCCGUUGGUGCUUGGUGUCGGUGUUGUAUUGCUCGUGUCAUUAGUUGCAGUUGGACUGUUUUAUAUCAUCAAGAAAUGCGGGUUUGCAAUGAAAAGGCCUCAUCCACCACCAGCACCAACAGAAGAACUGAACCCUCUGGAGGAUCAGAGAAAACCACCUACAUCAUGAAGCAUAAAGACCACGUCACACAUUUAACAUCUACAGCGUGUGAAAAGAUCAACAUGAUGCAAUUACUGAUGGAAGAAAAACUGUUGAUGCAAUCGAGAUCCAAACAUGUACUGGGAAAUGAUCAGAUCUUCGUCUUUAUUUUAACACAAUGUGACCAGAAAGAGACGACUUCAGUGGAGCUACAACAGGUGAGGUGGUGUUUGCUGUUUUUACGCACAAGUCUUUCAGUGUUGAUGGUCACAAAAUGUAAAAAAUAUAUGUACAUACAAUUAGAUUAUGAACACAUGAUUGUUUUUAAUAAUGGCGUCACCACUUUUUUGGAUAUUAUAAUUUUGCUCCACUGUAUGUACAUGUACUGGACAGAUCUUUUAUGUUUUUAUUUCUGUUGCUCUUUAACAUUCCUGUGUUUCUCUAUUUGCUUAUUAAAAGAAUGAUUCUAAUUGUAAA